UAGUAACUCUUAACAACCCCAACUCCAACAACAUAAACAACAUUUCCCGCGAAACCUACAUGGGUUGCCUGGAAGGAAUACUGAAAAACACUAAGACCAGCGGCCAGCUUGCAGAAGACUCUGAGCAAGUCACGCAUCAGGCCGAAGUUGAUGAUAUAUCCCUAACACCACAUUAUAGCUUGUUCAAGCAAGAGUAGCACCCUCUAGGUUUCAUAAGGACCAACCUGCUACAAUGGUUUCUGAUACAUCCAUAGAUUCAAUGUAUUUAGAAAAUUUAGAUGAAUUUAUCAAUGACGAAGGGAGAAUUGUGACAUACAAAUGGCUCAGCCUUACUUUGGGAGUCCACACUAAUGUGGCUAAGCAGAUGCUGUAUCACUUCGUCAGCAGUCAGCAUGAUUCAGACAAAGGUGACAACCUCAAUGUUACGUAUAUUGUGUCUGGAGUGGUGGCCAGGGAAGGAGACCAUCCAGGUGUACACAAGAUUUGGUUGGUUAAAGAAGACAGCCUUGCAGCAGCCAAGACUAAAAUGAAGGAUGUUAUAUCAGUACACAUAUACAGUGUCCAGAAGACCAAACUUCAGGAUAUGAAUGUUCUCUACAGUGCCAAUUAUGACAAGGUUAAGGAAAACAUCAUGAGCAUAAACAAAUACAGUGGCAUUGAAUGCCCAGAUGCUAAAGUUCGCUCAACUGCCGCCUUGGCAAAAAUACGUCAGGAGAAUGCAUACCAGGCUCCACCUGAGCCUGUUAAGAAAGAGAGCAAAUACAAACCAUCACAAAUAAAGAAUGACAUAAAGAAGGAACCAGGCAGUGAAAAUGAUGACAAACAGACUAAUGGAAAAAGCAACCAAAUCGCUUCUAUGUUUGCUCGUCAAAAUAAGAAAGUGGAAGUGAAAAAAGAAGGAGCAAAACACAAAAAGACACCAUCUUCAGCUGGCUCUAAGACAAAAGGAGGAAUCUCAGCUUUUUUCAACAAAGGACCUGUAGUAAAAAAGUCAGAUGCUGCUGAAUCUGUACCUUUGUCACCAAGCAAGACAUCACCUUCAAAAUCAGAGUCCAGUAAGUGCUCACCAAUCAAGAGUGGCUCUGGUGCAUCUUCACCAGUCAAAGCUGAUUCCAUUGUGUCCUCAUCUUCUGAGACAGAAUUGCAAGAGUCUGUUAAAGAGUCUCAGGUCGAGUCUGUGGAUACGGACUCUUCACCAAAAAGAGCAAAAAAACAAUCAAAGAUUAAGGCACAACAGCAAAGAGGAAAGAAUAAGAGGAAAAAAGGGAAAUGUGAUGAGGCACCCAAGAUGAAACGAACAAGGAUUAUGCAGCUUAGUGAUUCAGAGUCUAGCAGUGAGGAAGAGGUUGAGGAGGAGCUGUUUUUGUCUCCUAGCCCACCACCCCCUGAAGUUCAUGGUGUUGAAUCUGACUCUGAUGAAAUAAUCCCCCCUACCCCACAACCUAAAUCACAAGAUUUAUUAAAUAAAGGGGGCCAGGGACGGAGAAGGAAGUUAGUAGAUAAGACAUUUGAGGAUGAAGAUGGAUAUAUUGUAACUAAAAAAGAAUACGAAUUUGUUGAAGACUCUGGUGAUGAAGAUGUUGCAGAAAUGAAAAUGGAUACCUCUCCCAAAUUUGAAACUGAGAUUUCUCCAGGCAGUACUAAAACCAGUAAUUUGCAUCAAAGCAAAACAAAAACUUCACCACAGAAGAAAUCCACUAAGGCAACAAAGAAAUCCCAAGUUGCAGACCACAAAAAGAAACAGUCAAAUAUCACAAAUUUCUUUAGUAAGAAGUAAGUCUUGAACAUGCAUCGUUGUAAGGGAAAAUAUUCAAUUGAAUGUUUGUGCCUUGCAAAGUCCAAUCCUGUAGCCUCUUUUAAUACAUUAUAGUUUCACUUGCACUUGUCUCAACCACUUUAUUGAUGUUAUGUAUACUAUUUAAUUUUUAAUAUAUAGAUAUUCCAUAUUUUAUAGAAAUUGGAUACAUUGAUGCCACCAUGAAGAGAUACACUGCAUCAAAAUAUUUAGUGUUAAAUUUUUAAAACAUCAAAAUAUAGUUCUUUGGUAUAAUUGUAAUGAAGCCCAUGGAGGAAAUUUUCUCCAUGAAGAUAUUUUGGGAUUGUUUUAGUGAA